CUCUCAGUAAUGAACUUGAGUGAAUUUUGCGUAGUUCCUUGCCGUGCGGGACCGUAUAGAGAUGAAAAAGUAUUGAAAAUUUCUAAAGCUCGGGCCCCACGCAGCUUGAUUCGGCACUGAUACCAGACGACGUAUGUAUGUACAUGCGAACUGCGAGGCCAUUGCAAUUUAACUGUUUCUCCGUAUGCGCAAAAGCGAAGCAACAGCAGCCGUGUUGCUAUUGUGUUGGGAAAAUGGUGAAAGACGAUAAUUCUACGUAAAAAUGCUGUCCCGUCGAUGUUCUAACAUUAAUGUGUAAAUAAUAUUAGUUGUCAUAUAAUCAUUAGAAUAAGUACUCUGUGAACUUGAGUGGGUACAUAAGUAUUGUCGAUGGGAACAAUGUGAAUUAAAUACGCAUUGAUGUGUCUUUUUUUCUUCUUAUUUUCAUUAAACAAAAUUGAAAACUGACCAAAUGGUGAAAGAUUUAAUUGUUCUUUUAACUAACGCAACUCAGUGAACAUUGUCGACGCGUGAAACUGGUCAGGGAAUCUCGAAUUGAUCCGCCUCAACGAACCGAAGAUUUUAGUUUUACAGGAAUAAUCGCCAAGUGACAACCUCUUGUUUUUGUGGUUAGGAUAUGCGUUGUUUCGAGCGAUCGAUAACGGAGUAGUGACGAAUCAAGUUGAUUCGUUGAAAUCGCAUUCUGCAGAGGUAAACGUAUGAUUACCCGAACGUAUCAUGUUAAGGCAAACGUUUUCAAGGUUAAUUAAACAUUUGUUACGAAGUGGUGAGUGAGGUAAAAGUGUAACAGUAGCGGCAUACGAAUAAAACGGCGUUUACGCGUUCGUAACUUCGACCAAUCGACGGCGGCGUCUUGUGUUUCGAUUUUUGUUGGCGGACGAUACCAUUUUCGUGCGAGAAUAGGCCUCGGGUUUUCUCAUGGGGAAACUGUGCGGUCCAAAAUUCCCGGUAACAAGGGGAGAAAUCCGAGAAACGCAUUCGUUCCCUCCCCUUGGUUGAAUUUCAAGCUGAACAUUGUGCGGGAGUUGGGUCUUCGACUAAUCGAUGCUCGCCUUCUCGAUAUGUCUACCCCGAGCGAUUAAACUAGCCCACAACGUCCAGCAUGUCGGGCGAGGGACCCCCAGAGCCUCGGUAUAAUGCCGUAUUUCCAUGUAAUUCGAUUGAUUUGUAAAUAAAAUUUGUGUUGUGGCUCCGGUUUCGUGCGCUGGACGUAUUACCCGACCUAAAUGGUGACGGUAUACCGUGAAUUAUCGGCCGUACGGCCCUAAAACACGUCGGAGAUAUGAGGCAAUGAACACACAAGAUAUAUCUCUGUCAAGCUCCAGCAAGAUGGCCCCAUGGCCGGAGCAUCAUCAAGAACCUGUAGCCCCCGACAAAACCGAUGAAAACCGCGUAGGGACAGCCGACACGAGCACAGAGGCUGCCACGAUAAAUGAAGCUAAUACCGUCGUGACUGUGACCACCGAAACUAGUGAAAUAAAUUCUAAUUCGACGGUCCAAAGUGUGCCUGGUAAUUCAGGCUCGGAAAACAAGCAGGAGGAACCUGCAACUUUAUCUACCCUCAAUGAAGGUGAACUGCGAGCUCUGCUGGAUGAAGCCAUAACUUACAAGUGUCCUAAAGAUCGUGAAGGAAAAUCAAACCUUUUCAAGGAACUUCUUCAAGAGGCAGAAGCCGAUGAAACAGAAGAAGGUCAUCGAGCGGUAGCCAAUUCCCGCUGCCUCCCUGGCUCUAACCGACGAAGAAACAAACGUGAUUCAGUGUCUGAGCGCCUUACCCACGGAGGGUCAUUACAAAAUUUGGCCCAGCCAAUCAGCUCUGAAUUUGACAGUAGUUUCACAUAUUUAACUUCUGGUUGCAGCCACAUAUACGGUGGGGGUAGAAGAAAGGGUAAAAAACAUACAGGUCCUAGCGUUUCUGCUAGGCAAAGAGAAGGUGGAUCCCUACCGUCAAAUGUCAAUGCAUCCCAUAGUUUAGCUUCGCUAGCUAAUUUGGAUAUACUGUUUGACAAAAAGGGUUUCGCAGACAAGAGGACAUCGUACGAUUGGGCUAAUAAAGAGAAAUCCAAAUCCCUGGACAAACCUUCAUACAGUGGUUUGAAACGAGAGGACAAAGAUAAAGAAAGAAAAGAAAACAAGCGAGAAAUUGACAUUGGACAGGCUGCUGACGGAGACAGAGAGUCAAAAGACAAUAAGAGAGCAGGCAGAGGGAAGCAAAUUACAAAUGAAAUGGUCGAAUCGGAUCCUCCGCCUCCAGAACCCAAACCAGAUUAUAUGGUGAUUGACCUUAGUGAUGUCGAGGUAGGUGGUAUUGGAGAGCAUAAUGCAGCAGGGGCAGGGGGUGGCACACAGCGCCCUCAUGCUAUCGAAGCGGAAGAUGACGAGGGAACAGAAAUGAAAGUUAUUGAACCACGUCUACCGGUGCAAUUUAUUACUCACGCCACAUUCGACAUUGGACAGACACCAGUUGACAGCAGUAUAGAGUUUCCAAUACGUGAAAAUAAUGGCAAACAAGACAAAUCAAAAGUAACUGUCAAUGGCACGGAGGCAACGAGUGCUCGACAAUUUCAAACAUACAAUACUGUGAAAUGUAUUGUUGGCGGUACUUCGGGCGGCACUAAUUCUCAGCAGGGCAAAGUUCCAGUGUCCAAUGUUUACUCUAUGAUGCCUGUUAAUUGGUCAACGACAAGUCCAAAUCUUGCCAUGGAAACAGUGUCCAGGCUUGCGACUCAUCACAUUCCAGUGAAGGAAUCAUCUGGCUCUGGUGAAAAGAAGGCCUUCGACGAAAACGGAAAUGCUGUACAGGGAUAUGCCAACGAACGCAAAAAGUCACGCAGAAAGCAUGCACAAGAACCAAAUGUCAUCGUCUACAAAGCUGAAACCAUAGAAGGUCACCGCAACAUGGAUAUUGAUAGCUUGAUUAAUUUUAUUGAAAGCAAAGAGUCAAAAGGCAAGAAAGGUAAAACGACCAAUACAGUCAGAGUUAAAGCAAGUUCAGGACCGAAACCACGACCCAGAGAAAAGGAUGCAAAGAGAGAGCAGCUGCCAGCUAAGCUACAAAAAUCUAAUUCACUGGAGGAAAUAUCUAAAACAAAGCUGGAAGAUCUCACUGCAGAGAAGAGUAUAAGUUCCAGUGGUGCUAGCAGUAUUUCAAGUCAGCACGGUACUACAAACGUGGCACUCCGUCGCGCCAAGCAGCGCAGUAUUGGGGAUACACCGGUCGAUUGUCGUGGUGAUCGACGAUCUUGGGGUACGGAAGAAGGGCAAUCUAUAUAUUGUAAUGAUACUGGUGACGAUUAUACAACUCGCCGAAACUCAAUAAAAAAGAUUAACCCAGAACCAGAGCCUGAACCGGAUUUUUUGGUGGUAACAAAGAAGAAAAAAAGCAAGAAACAGCGACGAAGAAGUUCCAGUGGUGGUCGAGCACAAAAUUUGACUACUACGGCAUCCUAUCUGCAAAGAUCUAGAGGAUUCAAUAACGAGUAUAGAACGCCAUUGUCUCCAGAACUUAGGAGAAAAUCUGCCAGCAGUAUGCCACCUAGUGACAAAUCAGAUAGCAGCGACCUAGACUCCGUUCAUUCGCUCCCUGUAACUUCGAAUACAACUAAGCAUAAUCUUACUAAAAAUACCAACUCCUCCGGUGGCACCCCUCAGGCUAGCUACGCUGAUAUUGCACGCACGGCCACAAUAAACAUUUCUACCAGCUCUGUCUUAAAAAUGACAGAAAUCGGGCCAAUGAUGUUGAAUGCUGCUUGCUGGCCUAGCGUCCCUUCCAAGACACCGUCCGAAUCAGAUAAAAUACCUCAAGACUAUUAUCCAAGUUUGGACGAAUUGCAACACUCUGACAGAAAAAUAAGGCAGCAUAAUUUUGCAAACUCGAACCAUGUACAUAGUUUAAGUUUAAGUUUCGAUAAACCGCCAUCGCCUGUAUUAUCAAAAGUGAAGUCUUCGCCGGAUAAUAAAAAGGCUGAGGCCCACGAGGAAGCAAUUAAUAAAAACAUUCAAGUAUUCAAGUACGUUCGGGACAUUGAAAAAAUGCACCAACGAUUAGCUCAGGAAACGAAAAUCAUGAACUUGAAUAAUUCUAACCCAAAUUCGACUGAGACUACAACGCAAACGAAUCAGACCCCACCGAAAUUGAACAACUCAAUUAUCAAUUACUAUUCUCCGGACUCGGACAACUUUACUUCUCCAGAAAACACAAAUCUCAAGGAUGCAAAUUUGAAUUCAAGAAUUAAUAUCCCGAGACCAAGAAGGGCAUAUCAACCAAAUAUUCAAAAUGCCUCCAGCCAGCCGCAAUUAGAGAAUUCUAAAGAGUUGAAAAAAUCUGUUACCCAGCAACAGGAAGAAAUAAGCCGGAAAUCAGGAAAUGGACCAAAUCAAACGCACUCUGAAGAUAAGGAGUCAAAGCGACUGGGAUAUCCUCAGACUGUAACUAGUGGUCAACAAGAAGAAUCUGACACUCCAAAGUUGAAAUCGUAUAAUAACGCUAAAAUACCAACACAGAAUAUGUUGGAUGGUGAAACGACGAAAAGUGGUACCGAAUCCGACAAGAAUUCAAAAUUGACGAAAGAACAGCAAACUAUUUUGAAACAUGAUUCUGUAAAAGUGGCGAGUAAUCAAAAUCAGAAUGUGAUAACAGACCAUCGUGAAGAUAAUGGGGUGAAAAAAACUAAACAGUUGACAAAGAGUAACAAAGAACAAUCGCAAAAAUCUACGGAAAAUCAAUCAUCGAAUAAAAAGAUUUCUUCGUCAAGACCAGCUGUGAUACUGUUAGAUGAAGCUACCCCUGACUUAUUAAGGAAUAGUGAAUCCCCUAGCGAAUUGAUUUUUGGGUUUGAAAUAAAUGAACAACUUUUACUGUCUGAUGAUUGUGAAGAAACACAGGAAGCUAGCUCGGUAUUUUCAACAACUCCUCCGCUAUUUGAUAAACCUCCCCCAAAUUUUGACAGACCACCACCUAUGUUUGAGAAACAUUUGAGAUAUGAUAAACCGCCACCAAACUUUCAAAUACACCCUGCACACGCUCAACUUCAUCAUCAUCCUAUACCUCAUGUAGUGGUACCACAGCUGCCAUACUUGAGUUACGGUCCUCCAAGGUUCAUUCCACCACCUACUUAUUUACCUCCUCCACCGCCUCCAGGUAUAAUGGAAAAGUAUCAACAGCAACCAAUGGAGGAUUUUUUGGCGCGAUACGUUGCACCAGAAGAAUCUGUACACAUUCUAACGUACAAUCACGAUAAAAUUGUUACAUUUGUUGGAUUGGCAUGGGAAGAUGUCAUGCGAGAAAUGCCUGUAACUUCAUCAACUGGUCGAGUACAGUACUACAGUGGACAGUGAGAUAAAUAGCGAUGAAGAGAAAUCAAUAUUUAUUCAAAUAUGGUAAUCCUUGGUGGUACAAGAAGCUGUAUGAGGCAGAAUGCAAGAAAAUAUGAUUGACACUACUUGUUGCUAAUGCAAGUUCCACUUCCUAAACAUAAAGUACUGUGAGCGAAUGAGACAUAUUAUCGUACUUGUACAGCUUAAAAUAACUUAAAAAUCUACAUAAUAUGCUUUGCCGCUGAAGUGGGGUUAAUGAACAAUUAAGUACUGAGUUGAAUAAAAAAUCAGUAAAGCCGGGAGGCGCAAUUUGUGCCUAAGGAGAUAGUCAAAAGUGUAUAUAGUCGUUUAAAAUUAAAAAUUAACAAACAUAUGGAAAAUGAAAAUCGGAAACAGAAGAAAAAACAAACUUUUCAGAUGUCUGUCGCACUACUGCGCAUAUAGAUUCUGAUAGCAGUAGUAAUUUGAUAACAACAUAGAGCAGCAGUUACAUAUGAAAAAUGAUACUGCUGUAUCCGCUGUUGCAGAAAAAAAUACAGUGAAAAUUCCAAAAGACCGUUAGAAAAUAAAGUAACAAUACUUUGAAAUUAGAUUGGCGUGUAUAUAGUUUGAAAAUUAUUCAAAAUUUUUUCAAUAAAAAGGAAUAAGUUUUUUUUUAAAAUUGAACAUGGUAAAUUUAAAUAUCUACUCUAUGUUUCGAACUAAACACGAAUGGAAAUACAGCGAGUGAAUAAGACUUUCAUACUGUAUUGUUACAUUCAUAACAUUGUAUUCUAUUGAAAAAAACGUCGUUGGAUAAUAAUAAGGCAAUAUGGAUUCUUAAAAGUUGAAAAUACUUCUUGAAAAAAAAAAAAAAAAAAAAAAAAACUAAUACGUGUAUGUGUGAAAUGAAAGUGAGAUCCCAAUCGAUGACACUUAAAUAUUGUGAAACUAAUGAAAACGUGAAAAUGAUCCUAAUCACAUUCUCUAUUACUCCGGGACAAUCGGGUGACACAAUGUGGACAGCAAACAAUUGUUACAAUAAAAUAAGGCAGUGCGAUGUUAAUGCUUCAUUAAAACAAAGUGUUUGCAAUACCAGUAACGCUUUGAUUCACGAUUAAUCAGAACUCAAAACACGAAUGAUACUAUAGUGUGAUAGAAAACAGCCGCCAUAUAUUCGCUGGUUCCCUAAGAAACGUGAGAACGAUGUAUCGAUAACGAGUGCCAGGCAGAAUUUGUAUAAAUUAUGAAUUAUAGUAAUAAUAAUUAGUGUGAUGAACCUCGUGGUGUUAAAGAAGUGGUAGAGAGCUUGUGAAUCGAGCGAAAGAAUAAUUUGCUGACAACCAACAGUUUCUUCCAUUGGAGAACAUGACGAAUAAUAAUGAUAAUAAGCAAGUUGUUUUUGGACGUAUAAACUAAAAUUAGAUGAGGGAAAUGUUGAACCAAGUGUUCAAGAGCACUAAAUUUUUACACAGACCCGCUUAUUUAAUAAAUAUUAAAUAACUAAUUAUUGGUUAUUGGUAAAAGAAAAAACAAAAAAAAAAUCAUAAAUAAUAAUUGAUUUAAAAGUACUUGCUUGUAAUGUGUGAAAGAUGGGAUGUCUCUGUAGUCAUCACAUUUAGUAAUGUUUAAUUCGAUUUAGAGGUUGCUGUUUGAAUAGAAAGCAUUAAAGAAUCGAUACAGUAAAAAUCAUGAAGAAAAGUUUAUUGUAAUACCCAAAAUUACAGGCAUUGUGAGUUGUUUACUUUAUCAAGAAAAACAAUGAAAAUAAUUUAAGCAAUUACAAAAUGAGAACAAGGUGACGAAGCAGCUUGAAAAAGAAACUGCUAUUUAUUUUUCCUGAUAUCACAAGUUCAUGAACAGCUUUUACACUACCCUCUAGUAUAAGCGUUCAUACUUUGCAUUAUUCUGUAUAGUCUAAAGCUCUAUACCAUUGCAUUCAAAGUCGAAAGAGAUACAUUUUUCUCUCUAUCAUGGCAUGUUCACCUUUUUAUAGUUUACAAUUUGUAUUAUUCUAUUUAAGAAGUAGGAUUCAAUUCGUCAAAAUAACUUUAUCACUAGUACAUGGAAAUUUAAAUUGCUAAAUUUCUAUUUACGAUUGUUGCAAUCAAUAAUGUCCCUGCAAGAAAAUAUUGUACUAUAACCUUUACUAUAUUAUUUUUUUGACGUGAUUAAUUAUUAUUCUAUCACAACUUGGUCUUUAUUGAAAGAUAAAAUGUCUGGUAAAUCCUGAAAUUCCGUAGCACCAAUUUAUUUUAAAUAUAUGUGUGUAUGUAUAUGUAUAUAUAUAUGUAUAUAUGUAUAUGCAUGUAUGUCUAUAUAUACGUAUACGUACCUAUAUCAAAGUUCUGGAUAUACUUAUCAUUGCCAAAAUAAAUCUGUUGAGUAAAAGUUGCAGCAUGUAUCCUGGUUCGUAUGAGUAUUUCCAAAUUUGAAAUAUUUUUUCGUGUUACUUCUCUAUGCGAAGCAAGACGAUUUCAAAGAAAACAGACAAACACUUAUUCGGUAUUCAAAUUUUUAUUUGGACACUUAACUUCGCCUAUGAGAAUGUUAACAAGUCAAUACUAAAACAAUACCUAAUUGACAUGUGGGGAAUUUCAGUAUGCUAUUAAAUAUAUGUUACAUUUUUCAAACACAUUAUUUUAAUCGAAAUUAAUGUUCUGCAACGCUUAAGAAGACAUAACAGUGUUUAUAACAUUAAAUGUAAAAAUGUAAAUAAUUAUUCUUUUAUAUCUGUGAUUUUAAUUAAGAACUUUUGGUUACUAUAUUACUUGCUUAAUGCGAUCUGCCGAUCUUCAACUAGAACGGAUAAAAACAUUUAGUAUUUUCUCGAAAGUCGGACAAAUAAUUUAUUACACACUACUAAUUACCGUCCGAUUAACUUCUGUUACAUAAUAAAAUUCAUCGUUCUUGUAAUAAUAUUCCAAUUUAACAACAGUCUCUAACUAAGAACACAACACAUAUCAGGAUAGCGAAGUUCAAGGCUCUCAUUAUCUCAUCAAGAUUGCUUCAGCACACUUUAUAUUACAAAAUUGUGUAAUGCGAUAGAAAAUCUCAAAAAUGCCGGUAUAUUUUGUGAUACAAACACUUCAUUGAGAACGGAUUGCCUCCAGCUACUAAUACAGAUCUGACGCAUCUAACGUUUGUCAUACGGUUUUGUUCUUCAAAACCAAACAUGUCCGAAAGAAAAAAAUCCGGUAAUAUCAUCACUUGAAAAACAUACAGGUCAUGUUCUUCGAAAAAGAGUUUAAGUAUAACAUACUGUUAUAUAAUUGCUAUGUAUCUGCUAAUCGCCGGUUCGUUUUAUUUUGAAUUCAAUCAAUUUAAACUUGAUCCUUACAUCUUUACUAAGUAUUGGAUUACGUCAGACAUAUUAUAAAUUAUGGCAUAGUUUAUGCAUCGAAAUUUAUCAUUUAAUUAAAAUUGACAAAUUACAUGAUACAUCUCAAAUUUACAUUACCGUCUCUAACGUAUAUCUAGGCAGUGAUUACAUGGCUCACAGAAUUGUUAGAUUUUUUUUUUCCUCUUUUCGAAUGUUUAAUAUCACUGUAAAUUUUGGGAUAAAGAGCUUAAAAGCAAUGAAAAUUGUGCAACUCCAUCGCGGUAUUAUCGAGCAACCGGUAGCCUUUAUACAUUAUAGCACUUUGAAAAAAUAUUUUGCUAACGGUUAAUUAUUGCAUAUAGCGUGCUUUGUAUUAGAUUAUUUAAUUGUGUUGACUGGUUGUGAUGUUUUGAAACAGAUUUCGUAUAAUUUAUUCAAACAGCAACCUUGUAAGACAAAGUAAAAUAUAAGAGAAAAAAUCAACAAAAAAGAAAAUGAAUAAUAAAAAUGACAUAAUUUUGAGAGUGAUGUGAAUGUCUUCAUAAAAAAGUGAAGUGGAAGAAAAUAUAGACUACUUUAGAUGGGUUUACCUGGGCGCAUGAUGAUGUAUUGUCUGUUUAGUAUUAAUAAUAAUUAUUCAUUAUUAAUUAUUUGAAAUAGAUAACGUUUUGUUGUACUUCGUUUUUAAUUUUUUUUUUUUUUUCCGGUUUCUCGCUUUUGAAAUCUCAAAAUCAAGUACGAGGAGAAACAAAUUCUUUGUUAUUUUUUUUCGUUCCUGGCUUUUCCGCGACAGCACAAGAGCGGUACAAAGCUGGCGGUGUAGCCUUAGUCAAGCAAAUAUAUUUAAAAGAAAUACAUUGUAUAUAUAUACGAAUUAAAGUUUCAUUGAUAUU